CCGCUCUGAGUAACCUUCGUUCCAAAGCAUCUAUAGCGUAUAUUUAUGAUUAUGAGGUUUACUGUCAGUUAGCAUCUUCACUCGAUGAAUUGAAAGUUAUAAUUACAAAAAUGACUCAUUUUAAAAAGACUAACGUGAAAAUCUUCGCCAAACCGUCUCAGAAAGUCACUCCAGAUACUGUUUACUGGAAACAACUCGGUGUGCCAGUUCAUUUGAAAGAAUUCGGCCCAAUAAACAGCAUAGAUUUCUCACCUGUAGAGCCGUACUAUUUUGCUGUGACCUGUUCUGCUAGGGUUCAAAUCUACAAUCCGAUCACAAAAUUGGUGCAUAAAAACUUGAGCCGUUUCAGGGAGAAUGCUUAUGGUGGAAAGUUCAGAUCCGAUGGGCAGCUUUUGUGUGCAGGAAGUGAAGAACAGCUUGUUAAACUCUUUGAUGUCCAUUCCAAAUCGUUACUAAGGAUAUUCAGAGGCCAUACAGCAGCUGUGAGAAGGUGUAAUUUUACCUCUGAUCGGACCCACAUUGUAAGUUUCUCCGAUGAUAAAACUGUCAGGGUUUGGGACAUCCCAUGUGAGGAGCAGAUUUUCCAGUGUGAUGCUCACGAUGAUUAUGUCCGUGCCGGUGCGGUUUCGCCCGUAUCACCAACUGUCUUAUUGUCCGGUUCUUAUGAUAAAAAAUUGAGGAUGUUCGACACUAGGACAAAAAGUGAACCAGUUUUUACUGUAGAUCACGGGUAUCCUGUUGAAAGUGUAAUAUUCUUGCCUUCUGGUGGAAUAUUUAUUUCUGCUGGGGGAACUGAGUUAAGAGUUUGGGAUGCACUUGCUGGCGGUCGUCUUCUUGCUCGUGUCUCCCAGCAUCAUAAGACAAUCACCAGUUUAUGCCUUGCCUCCAACAAUACAAGACUUCUCUCCGGCUCGUUGGACAGGCAUGUGAAAAUAUAUGAUGUUUCAACUUACAAAGUAGUCCACAAUCUUGACUAUUCUAAUGCUAUACUCAGUCUCGGAGUCAGCGCGAAUGACGAGGUACUUGCUGUUGGGACUGUUGACGGUAUCGUUUCUGUUCAAAGAAAAGAAAUAAAUAACACAGAACCUUUAGAAAGGAGGAAAAAAGAAGGAAGAAAAUCGUAUCGAUAUGCUGCUGACAAGAGUACAACUGCAGUCAAUGUAGACAGUGUUGUACCUUUAGAUAAAAAAUACGGACAAUCCAAACAUGACGCUUUCCUUAGAAAAUUUCAGUAUAGCAAGGCCCUUGAUUCUGUUCUUGUGCCUUUUGUCGUCCACAAAAAUCCACAUAUCACAGUAUCUGUCUUUCAAGAAUUGAUAAGGAGGAAAGGUCUUCACAGUGCUAUAGCAGGGAAGGAAGGAAAGUCUCUAUUAGUGGUACUUCGCUUCCUUUUGAAAUAUUUAGGCGAUUACAGAUUCUUCCGUGUUCUGAUUGAUGUUUUUAAUGUCAUCUUAGAUGUAUUUGAAGAGAAGCUAGAAAAUCUUUCGCCCGAGGUUAUAGAAUUAUUCAAGAGGCUUCACUCCAGAAUAAAAGAAGAAGAGGCCCUCACAAGAGAAAUGCUCGGCCUUAGCGGUGUCAUUAAAAUGUUCUUGUCGGCAUCUACAUCAAACGAAGUUCAACAAACGCCAUUACCUGCAAUAGCGCCUUCUCAAUCUGCACAGCAGAAUUUUGUUGUGAAUAUUGCUUAACAUUAACAAAUUAGUUUGUUUUGACAGAGCAAACAAAAUUUGAAAAAUUGGUUAUUGAUUUUUUAACCAAAUAUUGUAAAAUAACAAACUUGUAUAUAAAAAUUGUAAAAUACAGUUUUAUUAUAU